AUGUCGCUCAGCCCGUUCGGAGAACCUCCACCCGGGACGGAUCUAUCCGCCGAUCAUGGCUUACGGAACAAUACCGCUGUGAUCACAACCUUUGUCCUGGCAACAAUAGCUGUCGGGCUUCGAUUCUAUACAAGAUAUCAAAUACAAUCUGUGCGAAUAGCUGCGGAUGAUUGGAUGAUCGUGGGCGCCUUUGUAUCUUGUCACAAAAAUCUAAUCUGUCGACUUCUGGCCGUAACCACAAGUCUCAUUUUGACUGUGGUUGGUGGAUAUCAUGGUCUCGGAAAGCAUGUAUGGGUUGUCCCCAUCCCCGAAGUCGUGGAAAUGAUGCGCACUCUCUUCGUCUACGUCCUGCUCUACAUCGUCACCGUUCCCCUUAUAAAAUUAUCCAUUAUUCUCUUCUACCGGCGCAUCUUCGGCAUGACAUAUACAAUGUGGUUCUGCGUGUUUCUGACGGCUGGAUAUUUCAUCUCUUGCCUGGUCGCCUUUCUCGUUUGCUGCAGACCAGUGUCAUAUUACUGGACACAAUAUGCAGAACCCAAUGGAGGAAGAUGUAUUUACGACCUCUACCCAUUCUAUAUCGGCAAUGCUGCGGCGAAUGUGGUUACGGAUGGGAUUAUUCUGUUGGUUCCAAUCCCCCUUGUGUGGAAACUACAAAUGCGAAAAACACAGAAAUUCAUGGUAUCCGGCAUUUUUUUGCUUGGAGGAUUUGUCUGUAUUGCAAGCAUCAUCCGGAUUUAUUACAUGACCUUCCUCAAGACCUCCCCCGAUGUCACUUGGAUCAUGGGCGACGUCUUCAUCUGGUCCAGCGUUGAGCCUUCCAUCGGCAUCGUAUGCGCCUGUCUUCCAACACUACAUCCACUGCUUCGUUCUUUUGUUGCUCGCGUGUUUGGCAGUAGUACAGGGAGAUAUGCUGAGCCUUCAAGCAACCAGGAGUCAGCAAAGAAAAAUAUCUUUGUUCGCAGACCAAUGCCACUUGACUGGGACGAGUCCUUGUUAAGUACACGUGACGUACAUGUCGAGAUGAGUGGUCUCAGGAGGGAUCGUGGCGAUGAUGGGAAGAUUACGGUGGAUACGGACUUUCGAAUGGCGGAAGAAAGCAACCAUUCGAAGUAG